UGCCAACGCCCCAGGACUAGUCACAUCAUGGACCUGCUGCACUCUCAGCUUGCAGCACUCCAGCAAAAGUUGUCUUUUGUUGCAACCGACCCAAUUGACUGGAAGUUUUAUGUUCAAGUUUUCUCAUGGAGUGUUACGUUGUUCGAGUCUUACCUUCUGCUUCGCCAGUAUCCUCUGUACUCGAAAACUUCUCCUCCAGAGGUUUUAGUAGACCACUUCGAUGCUGAGGCUUUUACAAAGUCCCAGAAUUACGGCAAGGACAAGGCAAAAUUCUCCCUGAUCACUGGACUAUUCAAACAAGCUCUUGAUUCUGCCAUGCUUCAUUAUGGAUUAUAUGCGUUUGCAUGGGACAUGGCUGGGGGGCUGAUAGGUUACUUCGGAUAUAGCAGCGAGUAUGAGAUAACGCAAUCCCUUGCGUUUGCUAUCGUGCUUUUUGUUAUCUCAUCCAUACCUUCAAUACCUCUCUCUGCUUACCAAACAUUUGUUUUGGAAGAGAAGCACGGCUUUAACAAGACUACACCCGCAUUAUUCGUCACGGACCUCUUGAAAAGCUGGGCGAUUGGCUUUGUCAUUGGCAUGCCGUUUCUCGCCGCUUUCCUUUACGUUUUUGGGUGGGCUGGAGACCGCUUCGUCCCAUGGCUUAUGGCUUUUCUUCUGGCUUUCCAGAUCAUAAUGGUUAUCAUAUAUCCAACUGUGAUUCAACCACUCUUCAACAAGCUUUCGCCCCUCCAGGAGGGCGAGCUACGCACAAGGACCGAAUCGCUCGCGACGAAGCUCAAGUUCCCCUUGAAGCAUCUGUAUGAGAUUGACGGUUCCAAGCGUAGCUCCCAUAGCAAUGCUUACUUCUUCGGAUUGCCCUGGAGCAAACACAUCGUCAUCUUCGACACCCUGAUCAAAGAAAGUAAGCCUGAGGAAGUCGAGGCAGUUUUAGCGCAUGAACUCGGUCACUGGUAUCACAUGCACCCAACGAAGUUGCUCUGUGUAUCUCAAGUCCAUAUCUUCACCAUCCUCGCCAUGUUUCCUGCCUUCCUACACGCACCUCAAUUCUUGCGGGCAUUCGACUUUUCCGCAGCUAUCUCUGCCCGCCCACCAACCAUUGUUGCAUUCUUGCUAUUCCAGAUGAUUCUUAGCCCCCUGGAAGCGGUUAUUGGCAUUGCGCUGAAUUCCCUUUCGCGCCAGUUUGAGUGGGAAGCGGACCGUUUUGCGUGUGAAAUCCAGGAUCGAUUGUCGGCCCCAGAGAUGAAGGAUAUGGGUGAGAGGCUUUCACGGGCGUUGAUCACGCUCCAUAUCAAGAAUCUGAGUACCGUAUGGGUUGAUUGGCUAUACUCGGCUUAUCACCACUCACACCCCACACUGACAGAGCGACUGAAGGCCCUUCAGGCAUUCCAGUCUAAGAGGGAUCGUGCAGCGAAGAAGGAGCUGUAAAUGAUUUGCUUCCAUUCGAUUCAGCACGUAUAGUACAUGCAUCUCAUAAAAUUGUAUAUUUCAUCCUACGCACCA